AUGGGCCGCCGGCUCCUCCGCGGUGUCUCUGGAGCCGCAGUCGUCCUUGCCAGCGUGGCCCUCCUCUCCAUGCGGCACCGUGGGGCUCGGGAGGCGGCUCAGUACCCAGGGAUCGGGGAGGGGAUGUUGGAGAAGCCAGAGCAACAGAGCCAAGGGAGCCCAGAGGGAGCCGGUGGCAGGGGGCAGACGGACCUCAGACUCCAUCCUCCGGAGGGAUACAGGAGUGAGGGAAGCCUGACGCUUGGGGACAUUUUCAUAGCUGUGAAGACAACAAAGAGGUUUCACUGGAGCAGGAUGGUGCUGCUCCUGGACACGUGGAUAUCCCAGGCCAGCAAACAGACCUACAUCUUCACCGAUGAAGAAGAUGAUGCCUUGAAAAGGAGAAUGGGUGGCCGUGUGAUCUUCACCAACUGCUCUGCCGAGCACAGCCACCUGGCCCUGUCCUGCAAGAUGGCUGCAGAGUUCGACGCCUUCCUGGCCAGCGGCCUGAGCUGGUUUUGCCACUUGGAUGAUGACAACUACCUGAACCCUGGGGCACUCCUGAAGCUCUUGUCCUCCUAUGCGGAGACACGGGAUGUUUACCUGGGCAAACCCAGCCUGAACCGACCCAUCUGGGCCUCUGAAACGCUGCCAAACAACCAGACGAAAUCCGUGCGCUUCUGGUUUGCCACUGGAGGGGCCGGGUUCUGCAUCAGCCGCAAGCUGGCAAGGAAGAUGGUGCCCUGGGCCAGUGGCAGGAACUUCCUGAGCACUUCGGAACUCAUCCGCCUGCCGGAUGACUGCACCGUGGGUUACAUCAUUGAGUGCAAAGUCGGUGGGCAGCUGAUUCCCAAUGCACUCUUCCACUCCCACCUGGAGAACCUGCAGCUCAUCCCCACCUCUCAGCUCAUGCAGCAGGUCACCCUCAGCUAUGGUGUGUUUGAGAACAAACUCAAUGUCAUUGAGCUCAGCGGCCCCUUCUCGCCCCAGGAGGAUCCUUCAAGGUUUCGAUCCCUCCACUGCCACCUCUAUCCCAACACCUCCUGGUGCCUGCAGGCUGUUGGCUGGUGAUGCCUGAGCCUCAGCUGCAGCGGCUCCAGGUGACACCUGUUCACCUGCAGGGAGUGGGACACUGAAGAAGCUUG